AUGGUGUUCACAGUCACAGACAUAGGUCCAGAAGAUGUGAUCAUCGGGUUGGACUGGCUAUGCAAGCACAACCCUGAGAUUGAUUGGGAGACAGGCUCACUUAAACUGUCACAAUGCCCUGAAAUGUGUGGUGCUAGGAAGGCUGGCCAAAUGGAGCAAGCGGCGACUGCACAUGAUAUGGGAGUUAGGCCCACGGUACUCCCGGACUUUGAACCCAAAGAAGAUCCGAAGGAAAUUGAGUGGGAUGAGACUAAUUUGAUCGAAGCCUGGGAGCAAGGCAUCAUGCUUCCAGGCACCCCUCAGCUAUUUGUCGCAGCAGGGCAUACAUUGUCGUGA